UUCAUUUCUCUUUAACACACAUCAGUUCAGAGACUGACAGUCAAUGGCUGAGAUGGCGGAUCUCAGAAGGAUUAAAAUGUAUUUAUUUCUGAUACUGCUGCUUCAGUUUACAGCUGUGAUUGGACAAAAUUCCUCCAGCCUUGUUGUCAGCGAUGGGGAUGAAGUAACUUUGCCUUGUGAAAAUGUAAUAGAUGAUCAAAACAAAUGUGACGGGACUUACUGGAUCUUCAGUGGACCAGGAAGCACAUUAUCAUCAUUGCUGUUGAACCUCGGGCAGAUUGGUGACAACUACAAGGCUAAAUCUGACAGACUGAGUGUUACAGAGAAAUGUUCUCUGGUCAUAAAGAAGGUCACAGUUCAUGAUGUUGGUCGUUACACCUGCAGACAGAUCACACCAGGACAACAAGAUGCUCACGUUUCUCUCUCUCUUAUUACCAUGACUGAACAUCACAACAAUGAUCAGGUGACAUUAAACUGCUCUGUGUCGUCAUCUGACUGGUGUAGACACACAGUGGAGUGGCUGUAUGAGGGUAAAGAUAUGGAUGAAAACGUGGAGACAUCCCAGUCUGAGUGUUCAGUUACUGUGACAUUACCUCGUAGAAAGAAGAAGAGACAGAAGUCAAAGUAUCAUGAGUUGAAGUGUGAAGUGACAGAUUUUAACAGUGGAAAUGUGCAGCUGUUUCCCUUCCUGCAGUCCUCAGCAACUUUGCCUGCCAUCAGUGAUACUUCAACACCACAUGGUAUCAACUCACAUGGUAACCCUGUCAGGCCGACACUUGGCUGGAAAUAUUUAAGUUGGGGGAGGGUCAUCGUUGUGUCUGUGGUUUUAGCAACGCUCAUAAUGAUUGUUGUGGCAGUCAACAUCUGGGCGAGAACUAAAAAAAACAAAACACAGAUGGAUGACAACGCUGUGCAUUAUGAUGGAGAUGAAGAUGAAGAUACAGUCGUAUAUGAAGACAUUGGAGACCCUUCUGUCAGACUCCACUGAAGUCCACUGCAUCUCAACAUCAUUUGUGAUUUGAUAAGUUUGAAUGGCUGACGUAAAGCAUCCUUCAAAAUGUCCUUUAAACUGUUUCUUAUCAUUUAUCAUAUAUUUCUAUGUUGCAUCUUUGCUUCAGUUUAAUCAUCAUUAGUACAGAACAACAAAUCGUUAGGUUUGAUUUUAACAUGUUUUCUGGGAGACAAGUAUAUUUUCUAUCUUGUAGAAUAAACCUGAAUGAGCUGUGAGUUUCUGAUUUGGUCAUUAACUGUGUUCUCUUUAUUGUAACUUAUAAUAUAACACAAAUUACAUUUUAAAAACUGUAUUAAGUUUCUGGCACUGAAAUACGUUUAGACAGAGAAUAUGUUCUGUCAGCUGAGAAACUAAAUAUCUGAGCGGAUAAAAAGGAAUUCCUCAGGGGUCGAGUCUUGGGCCUCUGCUAUUCAAUCUCUACAUGGUACAUGUGUGUGGUGGUAGCCUAGUGGUUUGGCUUCAGAUUACAACACCAGAACGUUGUGAGUUCAACACCAGGGCAAAGGCACUUCACCCGAGUUGCUCCAGCGGGGACUGUCCCUGUAGUUAGUUCAUUGUAAGUCGCUCUGUAUAAAAUGACCUGUAAUGUAAAGUAAUGUAAAAAUAAAAGCCGGUAUACCUCUCCUACAUACAUUAA